GUUCCCACAGUUCUCCGCGACAGCCGCUAUGGAGGCGGGCAAGGCAACUGUGCUGCGAGUGAAGCGGAAGCGCAGUGCGGAGCCUGCUGAGGCUCUUGUGCUAGCCUGUAAACGUCUCCGGAGCAGUACGGCUGAUUCGGCUACCCAGGAGACGCCAGAGGGUCUUGAGAGAGCGGCGGAAAAUAACAUCUUCCAGUUGGUGGCCACCGUGCGCUCCCAGGAGGAACCAAUACAGCCGCUUCUGCGGGCUACUCUGCACCCAUCCCUCGGCAGCCAGCAGCGUAUUCGCCGCGAUCUCCGUGCUUCUGCUCGGCAGAUACAGCGGGAGGGCCGCUACCGAGUGGUCUCCAGUCACAGAUCCUUUGGGACCACGUCUAGCUGCCUGGAGUCCGAGUAUGCGUCGGGGAAUCCAGAAGGUACCGGAGACUCUGGCUUCCAGCUGUUCGACCUUGUCCAUGAGGAGGGAGAACCAGAGGCCGCCGCUGCGGAUUCUGGCAAAACAGCUGACCCAGAUGUGAUCCUCUGCAAUUCUGUAGAGUUGAUCCGUGAGCGGUUGACUGUGUCUGACGAUGGACCAGGAGUCGGGCACCAGGAGGAACAAAAGCACGACAGUUAUGUGUAUGACAUUUAUUACUCGGAGAUGGCCACUUCAGGGUGGAUUGAGAACAUCCUGUCUGUGCAGCCCUAUAGCCAAGAGUGGGAGCUGGUGAAUGAUGAUCAAGAACCAGAGAAUAUUUAUGAUGAUGAAGAUGAUGAGAACAGUGAGAACAACUGGCGAAAUGAGUACCCGGAGGAGGAGAGCAGUGAUGGAGAGGAAGCUUCCAGAGGCUCUGAUGAAUAUAGCAGCCUCAGUGAGGAGGAAAGAGGCAGCAGCAGACGUCAGAUGUGGAACAAAUACCCUUUGGAUGUACAGAAGGAGUUUGGCUAUGACCCCCACGACCUGGAUUCGGACUGAUCAUCUUUUUGUUAUCUAUGAGCUUCUACCAUGGGCCCUUGAGGGUUCUGUGAUUACAUUGUUAACCACUCUGGUGUCAUCCUCUCAGUUGUCCUAGCCUAACAUGUGAAGGAAAAAGUAUAUCCAACAGUACUAUCUCCCCACAGUGGAAACAUACUAAGGGAGAAAGUCUUUUUCCACUAAGACUAGGACCCCUUCUCUUCAAUUAAAAGUGACCUACAGUCUGAAAAAAAUAAUACUAUAAAUAUGAAGGUUCCUUUAGUUUCCUGGCCUAGGCAUUAUUCCUGGCAUUCCAGUUCUCCUAUACUGAUGCCAUAAGGGAAGGAGAGGAUAUUUUAUCAGCUUUCCCAUACCAGCAGGCUGCUUGCCUCCAAUAAAAGUGUUCCUUUUAACAGAGGGAAUCUAGAAGCACUACAGUGGGUCCCUUGUAACAGCAUAGACCAGAUGUGAUGGCCAGGAUGUAGAAUCUGUCUGAGCUGUGGGAGAUCUCAGUUAACACACUGUCUCUGCCUCUCUGCUUCUAGACCUGAUAAUGAUAAUGAAGAGUGCAGUCUUUCUUUGGCAGUGGUGCCAAGGAACAGAAUAUGUAUGAAUGUGAUACACUGUGUUUAGUAAAAGCCAAUUUUGAA